UGCCCUUCCUGCAGUUACUGCAGUCAACCUUGUCUACCAACCAAUCAUAAAGCGAGACUAUGCUGCAUCGCCAUGACGUCACAUCGAUCAACAACUGCACAUUCUGCAGUCUUCGUUUAGCUUUUGCAAAGAAAAUAGCAAAAACUUUAACAAUCCAGAUAAUUAAAUCUAAAAAGUUACAUUAAUCAUCUAUGCAACUUGUGGAGAACCAAGCAACAUCAAUAUCAAUGAUUAGAUAUAAUGAUAUCAGCAAAUUGAACAGACGUUAUAUUAAUUGCAAUGAAGAGGAUCAUCAAGACAUAUCUCCUAAACAAUCCAGGUUAAAAAUUCCACCAGAAGAAAGAGAAAUACAAACUCAGAAACUUCUCAAUGAAGUGAAUAUUGCAGCUGUUCUAACAGCAGAAAUUCAGAAACUUCAACAAGAAUUGAGUAGAUCAGAAAAACAAUUUGAGGAAUUAAAAUUGGAACUGGAAGUAGAAAAACAGGCAAGAAGAAAAUUAGAAAAUGAACACAGAAACUGUAUUGAAAUGAAAGAAUUAUUAUGCGAAAUGAGAGAAUUAGUAAGCAGUCUCCGAAAUCAUCGACAAGGUCAACAACAGCAGCAACAACAGCAACAGCAGUCAUCGCAGAUAAAUCAAAACUUAAUACCAAUCAGUACUACUUGGCCGAUAUCUAAUUUCCCGACUCGUAAGCAGACUGAACUCGAAAGAUCCAUGCAAAAUGAGCCAUCAGCAUUUACACCAGAAAAAGAAUUGAGCCACGAUCUAUGCGAAUUGUUAAAUAUAACUCCAGACGUAUUCAAACGUCUGGAAGCAUUUCCCACGCCUAAAAGAUAUACAGCCGAACUUAUGGUCGAAGUAUUUGGAAGAGAAAUGUUAGCAACACAUUCCCUCAUCGGUGCUAAACGUCCAGAUGGAACAUCUAAACCUUCACUGGAUAGAAUGAAAAUAAAGUUGAUAAUUGAUCAUGUUGCCAAUAAAUUCCAAAUCCCUCCUAGUAGUGUGAGAGAGGCCAUAAGAUCAAAAUUAAAUAAUGAGGACAAAUGUUUUAAGAAAAGGCUUCAGGAAAUGAGAGACUGUUAUACCGAGAUGAUCGAUUGAGACAAAAAUCAAAUUCUGUAUUUCGUAUAAAGUAGAAAUAUUUAACAAACUAUGCAGAUGAAUAAAAUAAUAAUAUUCAAUUGGCUGAUUGCUAU